AUGAAAAAGAUGUUUCGAAUUGGGCCCCUGCCGAAAAUUAAAAUUGACGAUGGACCUGAGGAGGAUGUGGAACGUAUCUUGACGGAAACGCAUGGUAUUCCGCACUACGCCUAUAGAAAAGCGAAAGGUCAGAGCUCUCAUCGAAUGAAUGGCAAUAGCUAUCAGAGUGGAGCUGUUUGGCCGCUCACUGUACCGUUGAUAUCGGUGAUGGAUGAGACGCUCAUCCCGGCAUUCUAG